AAAAAUCCCCUGGGAGCAAACAGCGAGCGACACCCCCCCCCCCCGUCCCAAACACACCCCGCUCUGCCCCCCCCUCCCGGAGACAACUUUUGGGGGGAGGCAGGGCUGUCCCUGGGGCUGGGGGGCACAGGGAUGGUGCAGGUGGGUCCCCGCCGUGGGCAGCGGGUGCUGAGGGGGCUGUUCUCGCUUUCGGCUCCGGCAGCAUGAUGGAAGAAGGGCCCCCCAACUCCAGCGAGGGCCAGCAAGGCUGGUUCGCGGCCAGGAAUGGCAGCGGCAGCUCCUUGGACCUGGAGUCGGUGGUGCAACCCCUGCCCUUGAACCCCUGGGACGUCAUCCUCUGCAUCUCCGGGACCAUCAUCUCCUGCGAGAACGCCAUCGUGGUGGUGGUCAUCUUCUACACCCCGGCUUUCCGGGCUCCGAUGUUUCUCCUCAUCGGUAGUUUGGCCACGGCCGACCUUCUGGCAGGUUUGGGGUUGAUCCUGCAUUUCGCCUUUGUCUACUUCAUCCCGUCGGAGGCCGUCAGCCUGGUCACGGUGGGGCUCCUGGUCACCUCCUUCACGGCCAGCGUCAGCAGCUUGUUGACCAUCACCAUCGACCGCUACCUGUCCCUCUACAACGCCCUGACCUACUACUCGGAGAGGACGGUCACCAGGACUUAUAUCAUGUUGAUCCUCACCUGGGGAGCCUCCAUCUGCUACGGGCUCCUGCCCGUCGUGGGCUGGAACUGCCUGAAGGAGCCCUCCACCUGCAGCAUCGUCAAGCCCCUGACCAAGAACCACCUCAUCAUCCUCUCCGUCUCCUUCUUCAUGGUCUUCGCCGUGAUGCUCCAGCUCUACGUGCAGAUCUGUAAGAUCAUUUGCCGGCACGCCCACCAGAUCGCCGUCCAGAGACAUUUCCUGGCCAGUUCCCACUACGUCACCACCCGAAAAGGCAUCGCCACCUUGGCCGUCAUCCUGGGCACCUUCGCGUCCUGCUGGCUGCCCUUCGCCAUUUACUGCCUGCUGGGGGACUCCAGCUCCCCGGCGCUCUACACCUACGUCACCCUCCUCCCCGCCACCUACAACUCCAUGAUCAACCCCGUCAUUUACGCCUUCAGGAACCAGGAGAUCCAGAAAGUGCUGUGGACCGUGUGCUGCGGCUGCUUCUCCUCCACCAUGCCUUUCCGCUCCCGCUCCCCCAGUGACGUCUGACACGGGAUUUUCACGCCGGCCCAGCCCUGGGACUUGCUGCCCUCUAGUGCUCGUUGCCUUCGGGCGGAGGGUGCUGCCGGAGGCUCCGCACCCCCAAACCCAGCAGUUUCGGGGACCCCCGAGUGCUGUGCC